CAAAGCUAAUUUAAACGCUCAACAACUUGGAGUGUGUUACGGAUUAGUAGCAAUAGCUGUCGGUGUGUCGUUGUACCAGCUUCUACGAAGCGAUGGAAUAUUGUAGCAAAAUAUAUGGAAACUGUUUUAAAACCACAAAUACAAAAUUUUACAACGCAAGAUGGAAAAAUUCCUGUUAUUAAAAGAAGAAGGUCCAGUUCAUCAAGUGCUCACACAUUCUCGGCACACAGAUCAGCUCGAAGAACAUCUUUACCAGCUCUAAUUCAGAAAAGUCAGUCUUGCACGGCUGGCUAUGAAUCUGCAAUCAUAGGUGAAGCCCAUGGGCUAAUAACAGACAUGUUGGCAGACACCAGCCUCCCCCCACACAUCGUGUCUGGUCUGCGGGCUGUCAGCAACUUGCUCAAACCUCCUGAUGCUCAAGGCUCAUUCCACAAAGCCAGGGUUAGCCCCCUUGUCUCACUGACUGAGAGCACCAACUACGGCUCAGACAGUGAGGAGAGCCCCUACACUGGUGAACGGCCCUCCACACUUCCCAAGCGUCUGCGGCGAAGUUUGCCGCCAUCACUGAUACGUCGCAUGUCCACCAGCACAUGGACCACCACAACUUCGGCCACUGGCAUGCCAACUCUAGAACCUGAACCCUGCCGCUUGCGAUCUUCUUCCUUCAGACACUCUCGGGAAGGUACACCAGGCUCUAGCCCCAAUGGUAGCAGGAGCAACAGUCCCUCCCCUAGUUCUGUCUCUAACAGUACCACAGUGUUAACAAUACCCAAGUCUCGCUCUUUCUCCCUGGUCUCAGCCCCAACAAUCCAGCCCACCUAUUCCAGGCGCUUUGCUAGGAAGAGCACUGCCAGCAGUGAGAGCCUUGGCUCUAGCCCAACUAGAAACGAUGCUAAACCUGCCAUCAGCCCUCUGGCCCGUACAGGGGAGGAGACUGUACUCUCCAAUGUGGCCAGCUCCAGCAUCAUACAGAAACGCCUCAUCACUUCAGAUUAUGAAAGCAGUGACUCCCCCAGCAGCAGUGACCACAGUGAUAAUGUGGGAACCACUGAAGAAAGGGCAGGAUCUCCCCUUAAAAAGGAUAUGCUGCGUUGCUCUCCAAGUACAGUAGCUAAAGUGAAGGAAAAAGUGGGGCACAUAGCAGACAAGGAACACGAGGAUGGGGAUGAUGAAGAUGAAGAAGACGAGGAGGAUGAUAGAAGAAAACGUGAUAAAAAGGAAAUGGAAUGUUUGUUUAAAAAAUGUGAAGAGAAAAAUGAUCAACAUACAGAACUUGUAUUUGAUCCUGAAAAAGAAUUUGAAAAAAAUAGUUUACUACAGAUAGCUCGUCUUAAUGAAUGGGACUUUCCAAUUUUUGAUGCAGCAGAUGCAGAGGGGACAUUUCUUCUCUCAAAGGUAGCCUACCAGCUGUUUACUGAAGUGGGAUUAAUGGAGACAUUCCGCAUCCCUGUAGCUGAGUUUUUACACUACUUUCAUGCAUUGGAGCUGGGUUACAGAGAUAAGCCAUAUCACAACCGUGUUCAUGCCACUGAUGUCUUGCAUGGUGUGUACUAUCUGACAACACAGCCCAUCCCAGGCUUCACACAGAUCAACACAAGCGCCCUACAUUCAAGGCACGGCUCCUCCAGUGAAUCAGACACAGAAACCUCUGAUCGUCAAUGCAUUACACACCGUACAAGUUUUAUGGCAGAAGACUCUUAUGGCAUCAUGGGAGGCAACCUUCCUGCUCUGGAGUUGAUGGCUCUUUACACUGCUGCUGCCAUGCAUGAUUAUGACCACCCUGGUCGUACUAAUGCAUUUUUAGUGGCUACUACAGCUCCGCAGGCUGUCCUCUACAACGACAGGUCGGUGCUAGAGAACCACCACGCUGCAGCUGCCUGGUCCCUGCUGUUGAAUGAGCCCAAGAAUUAUUUCAUCACUGGCCUGGAAGCUGCUGAAUUUAAAAGAUUUCGCUACCUGGUCAUAGAAGCCAUACUGGCCACAGACCUCAAGAGACAUUUUGAAAUCCUGGCAGAGUUUAAUGCUAAAGUGAAUGACGAUGAUUCAGCCGGAAUAGAUUGGACUGUGGAAACGGACAGAUUACUGGUGACUCAGAUGGUCAUCAAGCUGGCAGACAUUAAUGGUCCUGCUAAACGUCAGGAGUUACAUCGCAAGUGGACCUACAGAAUAGCAGAAGAAUUUUAUGAGCAGGGGGAUGAAGAGGCCAGCCUUGGCCUAACCAUUUCUCCGUACAUGGAUCGGCGAAACCCUCAGUUAGCUAAACUCCAAGAGACAUUUAUCAACCAUCUGGUUUCACCCUUGUGUAAUGCCAUGGUUACGGCUGGCUUGCUGCCUGGUACCUGGGUGGAGGGGGACGCAGAAGAAGUUCCAGACAACUUGGACAUGUGCAAUAAAGAUACAGAGGAUGAGGACACAGAUAAUGAAUUAGGCUUGAAUGAGCAGCACAAACCAGUGAGAAAAGUCAACUGUUGGCUGACUAAAAACCUGAAAGAAAACUAUGAAUACUGGAAUGCUAUUAUUAAAAAAGAGGAAGAGUAUCAGAAAAAAAGCUGCAUGGAUAAUGAGAGCAUAGGCCCAGUUGCCACUAAG